GCACAUGUAAUACACCUCAAAAAAGGGGAAUGUUCAGUAAUUUAUUUGUGGACUGAUUUUCCACUUUAUAAGACUUUUCAAUACCAAGCAAGCAGCAAGCAACUGUCAAUUUCUGAUAUAGCUGUCAAAAUGAGUGCUAAAGCAAUCAGAGAAGCUCAAGGCAAGACUCUCUUGUCUCACUACCUCAAUGUCUUGAAGGCAGAGAAUGGACUGGGUAAAAGUCUGGCCUUCCCUGUCAAGUCUGUUACUGUGACCAGAGAGACUGUUCUCUCUGAGAUAGCUAAUGGAAAUCCAUGGUUGGAGAAAGAGAAACUGGUUGCUAAGCCGGACCAGCUGAUAAAGCGUCGUGGUAAACUAGGUCUGAUCAAGGUGAACACCGACCUGGCCGGGGCUAGUGAGUGGAUUGCAGAGAGGAUGGGUAAAGAGAUGGAGAUAGGUGCGGCUAAAGGAGCGCUCAAUAACUUCAUUAUCGAGCCGUUCGUGUCUCAUGAGCAGAGCGAGGAGGUCUAUGUGUGUAUCUAUGCUACCCGGACUGGCAACACUGUCCUGUUCUACCACGAGGGUGGUGUGGAGGUGGGGGACGUGGACAGCAAGGCAGCUCGUGUCGACGUGGAUAUUGAGAGCUCCCUAACCAGCGAGCAAGCAUCACAGCUGGUAGCCAGUGUACCAGCUGAUAAGCAACAGGUUCUGGUUGAGUUCCUGCAGCUGCUAUAUAGAGCCUACUCUGAUCUGUUCUUCACCUACCUGGAGAUCAACCCUCUGGUUGUCCAGGGCAACACGGUGUACAUGUUGGACCUGGCCGCCAAGCUGGACUCUACAGCCGAGUACCUCUGUAAAGUCAACUGGGGGAAAAUAGACUUCCCCCCACCUUUUGGAAGAGAUGCACUACCAGAGGAAGCGUAUAUUGCCGACCUUGAUGCCAAGAGUGGAGCAUCUCUAAAGCUCACUGUACUCAACGCUAGCGGCCGUAUCUGGACCAUGGUUGCCGGGGGUGGAGCUUCAGUUGUAUACAGCGACACUAUCUGUGAUCUGGGUUACAGCAAGGACCUGGCCAACUAUGGAGAGUAUUCAGGAGCACCUAAUGAAGGUCAAACGUUUGAGUAUGCCAAGACAAUCCUGAGUUUGAUGACCAAAGAAAAACACCCUGACGGCAAGGUCCUCAUCAUCGGAGGGGGCAUCGCUAACUUCACCAACGUGGCCGCAACGUUCAAGGGUAUUGUGCGUGCACUGACCGAGUACCUACACAAAUUACUGGAGAACAACGUCAGCAUAUUCGUGAGACGAGGAGGACCUAACUUCCAAGAGGGUCUCCGUGCCAUGAGAGAGGUCGGAGCUAAACUGGGUCUCAAGAUGUACGUGUUUGGACCCGAUACGCACAUGACUGCCAUCGUUGGAAUGGCACUAGGUACAAGACCGAUUCCAAAAUCAGGCCUAAUCGAGAAAUCUGGUUCAUCGUUGAGCGUCAUGGGAAUGAAGAAUAUGUCUCUCUCCCAGUCCUCGUCCACCAACUCUAUGAGUGAGCUGGAACAGUCGAGCAGUCGCAGUGCCUCUCCCCGUCUCUCCCGUAACGUGGCGGUGUGUCUGUGGACACCAGACCAAGAGAGUGCUUUCCCACCUCCUACGAAGAUGCUCUUUACCAACUCCACAGUGGCUGUCAUCUGGGGCAUGCAACCUAGAGCUGUACAGGGCAUGUUGGACUAUGAUCAUGUGUGCUCCCGAGACACACCCUCUGUGGCCGCCAUGGUCUACCCAUUCAGUGGUAAUCACAAGCAGAAGUUCUACUGGGGCCGUAAAGAGAUCAUGAUACCAGUGUACAAGGAGAUGUCUGAGGCUGUCAGGAGACACCCUGAGGCUGACGUCCUUAUCAACUUUGCCUCGCUACGAUCUGCGUACGACGCUACCAUGGAGGCCAUAACUUUUGAUAAGUUCCACACGAUAGCGAUCAUAGCCGAGGGCAUUCCUGAGAACCAUACUAAGAAACUCAUCAAGACAGCAGAUGAGAAGAAGGUCACCAUUAUUGGACCAGCCACGGUUGGUGGCAUCAAGCCGGGCUGCUUCAAAAUUGGUAACACUGGAGGCAUGAUGGACAACAUACUCUCGUCUAAGCUCUAUCGGCCAGGAAGUAUUGCGUAUGUGUCCCGAUCUGGAGGCAUGUCCAACGAGCUCAACAACAUCAUCUCCAGGACAACCAACGGUGUCUAUGAGGGCGUGGCCAUCGGAGGAGAUAGGUAUCCCGGGACCACGUUUAUGGACCACGUGCUACGUUACCACGACGAUCCCUACGUGAAGAUGAUUGUCGUAUUAGGAGAGGUUGGUGGUAUUGAGGAGUACGCUCUGUGUGACGCUAUCAAGUCUGGCCGUCUAUUCAAACCCACCGUGGCGUGGUGUAUCGGCACCUGUGCCAAGAUGUUCUCCACUGACGUACAGUUUGGUCAUGCGGGGGCGUCUGCUAACGGUGAGAGAGAGACAGCUGAUGCCAAGAAUAAGGCUUUGUUGGAGAGUGGAGCUCAGGUGCCUGACAGUUUUGACACACUGGGCACUAUUAUCGGUGAAGUGUAUGAACAGCUGGUAGCGGCCGGUCUCAUCGUACCCCAGCCAGAGAGAGACCCGCCCACUGUCCCCAUGGACUACUCGUGGGCUCAGGAACUCGGGCUCAUACGAAAGCCAGCUGCCUUCAUGUCGAGUAUAUGUGACGAGAGAGGGGAGGAGCUACUCUAUGCUGGCAUGCCCAUCUCGGAUGUCUUCAAGGAGGACAUUGGAAUUGGUGGAGUGCUGAGUCUGCUCUGGUUCCAGAGAAGACUUCCCCCCUACGCGUGCAAGUUCCUGGAGAUGUGUCUAAUGGUAACAGCCGACCACGGACCAGCUGUUUCUGGUGCCCACAACACCAUCGUGGCCGCCCGAGCUGGCAAGGAUCUCGUGUCCUCUCUAGCCUCAGGGCUUCUUACCGUGGGGGAGAGGUUCGGAGGUGCCCUAGACGGGGCUGCUCGUCAGUUCACUCAAGCGUACGACUCUAACAUGAUCCCAAUGGAGUUCGUCAACACGAUGAGGAAACAACACCAGCUCAUUAUGGGCAUCGGCCACAAAGUCAAGUCCAUCAACAACCCUGAUAUGCGAGUGGUGAUCAUGAAAGAGUUUGUUAAAACCAACUUCCCCUCCACACCUCUUCUGGACUUUGCGAUAGAGGUUGAAAAGAUUACUACCUCAAAAAAACCAAAUCUCAUCUUGAACGUGGACGGUGUCAUAGCCGUCAGUUUUGUGGAUCUGCUCAGACAUUGCGGCUGCUUCUCUUCGGAGGAGGUUGCAGAGUACGUUGACAUUGGAUCACUGAAUGGACUCUUUGUGCUCGGAAGAACGAUGGGAUUUAUUGGUCACUAUUUGGACCAGAAGCGCCUCAAGCAAGGCCUCUAUCGUCACCCGUGGGAUGACAUCUCUUACAUCCCUCAUGACUCUGUGUAGCUGAUAUUAUAAUUAUAUAUACAUGGAAACACGUGUGCUACAUUUUAAGUCCCUGUUUGUAAAUCCCUAUGUUCUACAGUAGUAAGCACGCAUUUAUUUAUUAAAAACGAUAUUAAACUAUCAACCCUUGUUAUAAUUAUUGUGAUUGA